AUGAUCAAUACAGUUUCAUUUGAUAAUAAUACUACUAACGCUCACCAUUCAUCAUCGUCUCCCACCGCAACAGCAGCUGAAGAAAAGCGUUUACAAUUAAAAAUAAAACGUCAUACAUAUCACGGUAAAACUACGCAACAUGGAAUUAUUCAAGAUAAAGAUCAACAACAACAAGACAAUAAUAAAAAAUCUGCAGAAAUCUUAACUAGAAACAAUACAAAAACAGUAGUCCCGGUAUUGUCGAAUACAAAAGCAGAUGGUAAAAUGGUAGUAGACGAAAAUGCAAAUUUAUCGUCAACGACGGCAACACCAGACGAUAAUAAUGUAUGUAACGAAUCUGGAGAUAAUGAAAGUGAAAAAAGUGAAAAUGAUACAUUGACGACCACGACAACGACAACAACCGUUCAAGUGAAAGUCAAAACAACAAAAACAUCAAGAAAGCGAAAAUUUAAUAGUGAGAAUAAUACUGAUAGCAAUAAUGAAAAAACAAAACAAUCGGCCAAGACAAAAAAAAAACGAGCUGUAUCGUCGACUAUUGAACGACAAAAUAGUAAGGACGAUACAACUAUAUCACCAACAUUAUCGCCAUCGAGAACAGAUCGCUCACCAGAUGAUACUGUUUCAUCUGUUGGUGUUCACACAGAACAAGAUGCAUUUGGACCGUGUGAACCGGGUUCAUCUGUUUUACUUGAAGGAAUAGUAUGGAAUGAAACAGACAAAGGUGUACUUGUAAUCAAUGUAACAUGGCGUGGGAAAACAUACGUUGGAGCGCUGUUAAAUACAACCGAACAAAGCUGGGCACCUCCCAGAUAUAAAAAUGAUCCAAGACAAAAUCAUCGAUAUAAAAAUAAUCAUCAUAACACAUUAUCAUCCUCUUCGACAUUGUUGUCAUCAUCCUUAUCGCCUUUGGCUUCUUUAUCCUUAUCUCAGUCAAACCUUUUAUCUGUAUCGACUGCUACUACACAACUACCAUCUGUCACAAAUACUAAUGAACCGACAGAAAGGAUACUUCGCAAUGGUAAACGUCGUGGAGCUGCUGCUCAACAACAAACAACACGACCAACAUCACCGGGUGAUUUUAAAGUCCCACCACUUCCAGUUCUUGCAUCAAAGGAUCUUUCAUCCGACGUAGUAACAGUUAAAAAUGAAUUGGAUUCAUCAAUCAUUGAAUCAGUGCCAGACGAUUCAUUCAGUUCAGAUAAAACUACAAUUGUAAAUGAAAAUGGGUCGUCAACCCCCGUAGCACCACCACCGAAUUAUGAUAAUUCAACGAAUGGAAAAGAUGAUGAUGAAAGUAGUACGAGCUCAGGAUGUAGUACGAGAUGUAGUCCAAUGACAACAUGUAGUGAAGCAAAGACUGAAAUAAAUAACAAUGAAUUAACACUAAGUACUAAUCAUAAUGAUACUCACGUUGAAUCCGUAACUCCGAUCGAUUUAAGUAAAACAACAACCGAACUCGUGAAGGAUACUGAAAAGGUCAUAACUGAAAAUAUAUCAUUGACUGAUUCACUUAAAUUACCAAUCAUAAGUGAUUCUAUAAACGACAUUAAAAAACCGCCAUCAACUACUACAAUGAUGGAUUUUAUUCAAAAAACAUCUCAGUCACACAUGAGUCAUCAACCAAAACAACACGACAGAUUUUCACAUCAUAACCAUCAUCAUCAUCAUUUUUCAAAAUCCCAUCAUAAUUCUAAAUCAAAUAAACUUUGUUCAAAAUUAGACAGUACAAAUACUUCCAUUUCGAAUAGUAAUAAAAUCAAAUCUAUACCAACUUCACCAUCAUCGUCUUCGCCGUACAAUCCAUUAUCAUCAUAUCACCAGCAAUAUUUUUCACCUCAUCAUCAAUCCCCACCGAUUUCACCAUUCUCUCCAUUUCGACCCGAAAUGACCGCUGCAUAUCUCGGCUAUCAACAAUCAUCGUCUCCUCCACAUCAUAUCGGUGAACGUUUAUCACCAUCAACAAAAAACAUGUUAAAUAGUAAGUCAUCAUCGCCCUAUUUACAACUACCAUCACCUGUUCAACAACAAUUAUAUUUUAAUUCAUUAUUACAUGCUCAAAAUCAUUCGAGAUAUCAAGCAGCUGCAGCUUAUUCUAAGUCUUCACGAUAA